AAUCAAAGCUUUUCAUGUUUGUAUUAUUAGAUUUCAUUGGCAAGCUGAACUUCAGACUGAGAAGCAGUAGCUUUGUAAAUUGGGGCCUAACCGCGAUCCGAUACGGGAAACACACUUUUCCCCAUUUUUUCGUAUACGACAGGAAUAUUUCUUGGACUUGGAUCGACUGUCUUGAUGUUUGUUGUUUGUUCUAUAUUUGUUGUGAGUGAAACAGAAGAGAGUGAAUAACCAUUAAGGGAUCUUUAAAAAAGUUACAGUCUUUAGCAUAAUGACGUCACAAUCGACGGCCAAUUUGACGUUGUCUGAUCAGUUGGAAGGACCUUCCAUUAAACCUCUACCUCCUAAACAUGGUCUCCUAUGUUUGAUGCUCACCAUCGUCAUCUUGGCUACUGCACUAGGAUGUGGAAUAGCUGUUGGUGUGAUCUAUUACUGGAGGAGUGGACCCGAGAUUGAACCUUACACUGGCUAUAUCUUUGAGCAUGCUGCUGUGGCGAGCGAUCAAGCUCUUUGCUCAGAGACUGGAAAUGAUAUGCUGCUUAUGGGAGGUACUGCCAUUGACGCAGCUAUCGCUGGACUCCUCUGUGUGGGACUAUUGAGCAUCCACAGUGCAGGUAUAGGAGGAGGAAGCUUCAUAAUGUACUAUGACAGAGAGAACGAGACGCCGUACUUUCUAGAUUCCAGAGAAGUAGCUCCUAUUCUGGCAUCGAAAGACUUGUACGAAAAUGAAACGGACGAUGCAUCACAGAUUGGUGGUCUUGCUAUCGCAGUCCCUGGUGAAAUACUGGGAUACUGGGAGGCCCAUCAAAGGUUCGGUAGACUUCCUUGGGGAGACCUCUUCAAACCAUCCAUAGAACUUGCGCAGAAUGGUUUCGCAGUUGGUCCUGAUCUUGCAAGAACAAUAGCUCUCGAACAGUUUGUCGAGCUUGCCAUGUCUAACACUAGCUUAAGCGAAAUACUAUUAGACGAUGACGGGAGUAUUCUACAAGAGAACGAUAUUAUGUACAGACGGAAACUGGCUCAGACAUUGCGCACCGUGGCCGACGGUGGCGCUCAGGCAUUUUAUAAUGGACCACUGGCUGCUGAUAUAGCAGGAGAGAUACAAGAAAACGGAGGGAUCGUGAGUGUGGAAGAUCUUGCGCAGUAUGAAGUGCCAAUAAAAACACCUUUAAGUAUAAACAUCAGUGGUUUAACGGCUUAUGUUUGCCCUCCUCCGUGCAGCGGACCAAUCUUUUCUCUCAUUAUGAACGUAUUGGAAGGUUAUGAAUUUACUGAUGAAAGCCGGAGAUCUGUCCAAAAUGAAACACUGACCUACCAUCGAAUCAUAGAAGUGUUCAAGUUUGCCUUUGCCAAGAGGAGUGCCUUGGGUGACGAAGACUUUGUAGAUGUUGAAGAACUUGUAGCAACGUUGACGUCUCAAGACUAUGCAGAUAGCAUCCGUGAACAGAUAACCGAUGAUAGUACCCACGAUACAGAGUAUUACGAACCAUCAUUUGAAAUCGUCAAUGACGGUGGUACUUCUCACAUCGCAGUGGUAGACCAGUAUGGAAAUGCUGCUUCAAUUACUAGUACCAUCAACACGUUUUUUGGUUCGACGGUUCGAGGGACACAAACUGGAAUCUUGUAUAAUAAUGAGAUGGACGACUUCUCCAAGCCUGGGGUAUCGAAUUUCUUUGGACUGCCGCCCUCACCGUCAAACUUUAUUGAGCCUGGAAAGCGACCAAUGUCGUCAAUGACUCCUGUCAUAGUCGUGGAUGACGAUGGAGAUGUUAAGUUGGUGGUUGGUGCAGCAGGAGGGACAACCAUCACAACGGCAACAAGUCUGAUUGCCAUGGAAAAUAUCUGGUUCGGUUCAACUCUUGAAAAUGGAGGCGAAAGAAGGCGGAUUCACCAGCAACUUCUUCCUAAUCAAACCUUUUAUGAACCAGGAUUCAAUGAGGACGUUGUGGAUGGUCUGAUUGAGAAAGGUCAGGACAUGCAGCCGAUAGGAGCCGUCUACGCCAUCGUACAGGCUAUCGCUCGUUUGGAAGAUGGUUGGCUGGAAGGCUACUGUGAUAGCCGAAGAGACGGACAGCCAGCUGGAUUUUAGAAUUCUACAAAUUCUGCAAUUCUACAAAGUCGCCCUUUAUUUACUAGGUCGUACAUUAUUAUGCUUGACCCUCCUUUUUUAUAAUGGUUGCGUCAGUGUAAGUAGCCGGUCUUUUGAGUGGAUUAGUAUGUUCCUUCUUUUUAUGAAAGUAUGGUUUAUUUAAUUAUCAAACAACAUGUAUUGGCUUGAAUUUUACAGCGGGCUACUGUUCUUUGAAAAGGCAUUCAUUUCUCUGAUUCUAGUUUUUGUUUAUUUUAUUAUAUACAUAUGAAUAUUGUGUGUCUAUUUUCAAUUGAUUAUGUGUAAUUGUUUAAGAAGCUAUAUACGAUCGAACCACACCUAUCAUUGUCUUUGUAUAUUUCAGGCCCAGAUGUACGUUAUCUUGAUGUUCUUUUUUUAUGAUUUGAACAUUUCCUCGAUGAUUAUAUGGAAAAUUCACCUCAAUUAUAUUCAUUGACGUCAAUGUGAUUUUCACAUAGGGGGCAGCUCCACAAGAAGGGCCAGGGGUUUCCGCCAUCUAAUAUUUUUCAAGUAGGAAAAAAAUAAAUAAAAAGGAAGAAAAGGGUGAAAAGAAGACAGAAGAUGAGAAUACAAUGUUGAUGUAGUUUAACUAAACUUGUCCUCUUUCGCGUCUCCGACGAUAAAUGAUGUCUUCAGACAAAUACCGCAAGGUGAGUUGCGUUCUUCUAAAAUACCCUGCUCCGUUCGACACAAUGGAACAAAUGGAAUCAUCUUGCACUCAGUACUACUUUGUUUAGCUGGAAACAGUAUAAUCGACUGUAUGAUUAUACAUGAACCUCCCGUUAUAAAUUUAUUUAUUCAUUAUCAAUAUUCAACACUGAAAUCCCCAUAUGAAUUAACAACGUAAGAAUGUAUUGUAGUGAUCUGUUAUAGGACCUUUGCUUUUUUUCUCAAAACGUCGGUACACAGAACCUCUAUAACCAAAGAAUGAAACUUUCUUUAUCUUAUUUAUAGAAUUUAAGUGAAAUCAUACAAAAUGCUUGAUAUAUUAUCGUGGUCUGAGCUUUUUGUAAAGAUAUAUUAUCAGUAACUACGGGGGGGGGCAUGGGGGCACGUGCCCCCCCCCCCAAUCGGCUGGCAAAAAAACGGGGGAAAAGAGAAAAGAGGGAGAAAGGAAAAGAUACGUAGUGGGAAAGAAGAAAUUAUUAUAUUAUGUUAUAAUUAUGUUAUGUUAUAUUACAUAAGAAACAUUUUUUCAUAACUUUAUGAAACAAAAUUUGCCCAGGGCCUAUGCUUUUAUUGUUCCUGGUGCUCGCAUUGUUUGUUUAACGAGAUAUAUAAUCCUGUUGUACCAAAACCUCCCGUUUUCAAGUCAAUAUAAACCAAAUAUAUUUCCUCGCACUUCAUGUUAUUAUUGUUUUAAGUAGUGACAUAUGUUUCUCUUUCAUGACUACUUAACGUGAUUGCCCUAUAUGAAGGUAUUAAUAUGAAAUAUUGCCUGUCCGUGCUUACGUUCGCAUUAGUGGAUUAGUGAGAUAUAUCUGCUCUUCAUGAAUUUGUAAAAUCGGUCCUUAAAAUGACCCUUUUUCUGAUCUAAAUAUUUAAAAAAAAUCAGCUCGCGCUUCGCGCUCGCAUUAUUUGGUUAGUGAAAUACGUAUGGUCUUAAUUAAUUCCUACAAACAAGCCUUAGAAUGCCCCUCUACAGAUCUGAAUUUCUUUAAUUUUCAGCUCGCGCUUCGCGGGAGUGAGAUGCUUAUGUUCAUUAUGAUAACAAAGACGACAAGUGCUUCAUGUGUUUAGAUGUAUUUCUAACAAAAUCAGCAAGCGCUUGGCACGCGCAUUAGAUGACUAUGGUGAGAUAUGUAUACUCUUAAUGGAUUCCUAAAAUACAGUCCUUAAAAUGUCUCUGUUUGGGGUCAAUAUAUGCAAAACUUUCAGCUCGCGCUUCGCGCUCGCAUUGUUUGUUUAGCGAGAAAGGUACGUAUUACAAAAAUUUACUUAUAAUUUCCCUUUUUAGGUCUGAAUACCAAAAAUUUUCAGCUCGCGCUUCGCGCUCGCAUUAUUUGAACAGUGAGAUAUAUAUCCGUUUAUUGGCACUGUCCUUACAAUGCCUCUAUUAGGUCAGUACACUUUGCAACUGAGUGCGCUUUACGCGCUCAUUAAGUGACUCAAAAUUUUUGCUGGUGCCCCCCCCCCCAUGCCGUGACCCACGGGACGCCACUGUAUACUAUUAUUACUGCUCAUUGAAUAUGUUGAUCAAAAUACUUUAUGUAUCUUAUGAAUUUGUAUUGUUUCCGCUAUAUCGUACGUGUUGAGUUGGAAAUCAAGAAAAAAAAAUCCGAAGUGGAGAGAGUGGGAGGGGUUUGGAUCCAUACUUUACAAAAAAUGCUUUCAGCGGACCCCUCCCCCUUAUUACCUUUUCCAUAAUAUGCUAUAUUUUAUACUCUUUUAUUCAAAAUGUCAAUCCGUUAAUUUGUAUCUGAUUUAUAUUACUUUUUUUUAUGUUUGAAUGGAAGUAAACUAUUGGCUUGACUAUUGCUGGAACUGACAA